AUGCAGGUGCAGGCACAGAUCAGCGGCUUUGCUGGCAGCCUGCGCGGCACCGCGGUGCAGCAGCGCGCCGCGGGCGGCAGCCGCGCCGCCGCGCCGCAGCUGGUGGUGCGCGCCGCGGGCACGCAGACAGCCACCAAGCGCCUCAAGGUGGCGCCCAAGCCCGCGCCGCCGCCGCCGCGCAAAACUGUGGCCGGCACCAAGAAGAUCAAGGCCACCGUGAGCGGCACCGGCACCAAGAAGGUGGGCGGCACCAAGACGGUGGGCGGCACCAAGGCCGUCAAGGCCAUUGAGGUCUUCUCCUCCGAGAAGACUUUCCGCCAGAAGCAGGACACCACGCGCGCCGCGCCCAAGGUCCUCAGCCGCAUCCAGCAGCUCAAGCUGCUGUCCAAGCUGGAGCAGAGCGGGCUGCUGAGCCUGGCGGAGAAGAACGGCGUGACGCUGUCCAAGCUGGAGCAGAGCGGGCUGCUGUCGGCGGCGGAGAGCCUGGGCGUGGUGUCGCUCCUGGGCGACCGCAACUUCCCCGGCACCCUCUAUGCCCUGGCCACCGCCCUGCUGGUGGCGGGCCCCGCCUCAGUCUACUUCCUGCCCGACGACUCCACCGCCCUGGUGGCGGUGCAGGCGGUCAUUGCCCUGUCCUGCAUCGCGGGCGGCAGCGCGGCCUGGGGCGGCGCCACCCUGCUCUCCAGCCUGCAGAAGUCGUGA